UCCCGGAAGUCCGAUGCUCAGUGUUCAAAAUAUGGUUACUUCAACACUGUAAUGCCAGAAAAGCGUAAAAACGAGCGAUAAAUGCUGUAUAUCGAACCUAAUAUUAUCGACAACAUGAAGUAUCUUGUAUUUGAGUGUGUGGCUCCUGCUGUUAUUUCGUAAAUAACCCCUGAAGACCGACAGGAUGGAUAAAAGUACACUGUACAGCGGGGGCUCGUACACGGAUAAUCUCAUCGGGACUUUGCUUGCUAUUUUUGGAAACGUUCUCGUCAGCAUAUCCUUGAAUAUUCAGAAAUUCAGCCAUGUGACACUAGCAGGAACAAAGGACCCCCGUGCCUUCUACCGCACAAAAACCUGGUGGUUCGGAUUCGUGCUGACCUGUCUUGGGGAAUCAGCCAACUUCACCUCCUACGCUUUCGCCCCACUCUCUCUUGUGGCACCUCUUAAUGGAGUGUCUGUCCUGACAAGCUCAAUCUUGGGUUUUAUUUUUCUUCGUGAAAAAUUGAAGGCAAAGGAAUUUGCAAAACGUUAUGGGCUAUCCCUCCUGGGCUGUAUCCUAACCAUCGGCGGAACAUACCUCUUUGUGGCGUUUGGACCAAACUCUCAUGAAAAACUUAACGCAGAGAACAUUGUGAGACACAUUGUGGGAUGGCAUGUUCUCUUGUAUAUGCUGCUGGAGAUCAUCACGUUCUGCCUGCUUUUAUACUUCUACAAACAGCGAAGUGCUAACUACCUCGUUAUUAUUCUGCUGCUGGUUGCUCUGCUGGGCUCUGUCACAGUCAUUACAGUGAAGGCAGUAUCAGGCAUGUUGGUUCUCACCAUUGAGGGCUCCAUGCAGCUUAACUACCCCAUCUUCAGUGUCCUGUUUGUGUGCAUGGUUGCAUCAGCUGUCUUCCAAGCCAGAUUUCUGUCCCAGGCCUGUAAGCUCCAUGACUCGUCUCUGAUUGCCAGUGUCAACUACAUCCUGUCUACCAUAUUUGCUCUGGUAGCAGGAGCAGUGUUUUAUGAAGAGUUCAAGAAUGAAGACGUUCUCCACAUUUGUAUGUUUUUGUUGGGAUCUGCAAUCUGCUUCAUGGGAGGAUUCCUCAUCACCAAAAACAGGAAAAGGUCCAAGGCCUUUGAGCCGUAUGUCACUAUGGAUAUGAGUAAAGGUGUCCCAACCAUUCAUGACAAGGGCUCGGUGGUUCAGCCCGACUACAACGGUUCCUUCUCCUAUGGUGCUCUGGUCAACAACGACGGAGUGGCUCCUGCUGCUCUUCCUGCGAACCUCCAACACCAGGCGGUCAACUCCAUGUCACCAGAUGCUUCUCACAGGUCGCUAGACAUGAAGGAAGAUUAAAACACAACCAUCUAAGGACCUUAUGGAUUGAACAUCAACAUGAAUGUGUCCCGUGGGUCUUCAACAUGUUCUUCUUUACACACAUGCAUUAUUUUUAAAAUCUUUUAACCAAACAGGACGUUCUUUUUUGGGACGUCAGCACCAUGCUUCUGUCCAAAAGCAAACAGAAGUACCUUAAAUCUGCAGGAUCUUCCAUUUUGAUGAGGAACUGACUUUUACGACUGUUAAACUGUUUUUUUUUUCCUUCAUCUUUCCAGUUAUGGGAACAUGGAAAAUAUAUAAUCACGUGUUCUUCCAUUAGUAUUCUAUUCCAGGUUUUUUAUGAGCUGCAGAAAACUUGCCAAGGAACGUUUUGUCUGUGCAGCUCUUUUAAAUAACUGCCUCUAACUCCAUUUUCUUCUGCCUUUUCACUCUCACACUCCUCUUUUUUUUUCUGAUGUAACCAAACCAUAAGCACAGUUGUUUUAAUUUAUUGUAUUUAUUAAUUCGUCUUACUGUAAAUGUGCCUUGAAAUGUAGCUUUACACUGUCUAAAUUACUCUAGGGCUGUAUUUAACCCAGGUAGGUAAGUCACUGUCGGUAGAAGAUCUUAGAAUAGUAUAGCUGUUGUAAUGUCUGUCUGAUUUAACAUGAACUUAUAAGGUGUUUGAAGUACAUCGCAGACAACUGACAAAUACCCGGUACAAUUAUGAAGUACUUCAGUGUACUUAUUAAGCUGUUGGCCUCAACAGUGUUUGAGUCGCAAAGAACUGAAAUCAUGUUUACUCAUGUUCUUGUAACCCUUUUACUCUGAUGUCAAAUUAAUAAAUAAACCAAAAUACGUUAA